AUGAAUCAUGCUCCAACUUCAGGUGCAAACGACACCAACGUCAACACAGAGGUGGAUCAGCUAGCUCAGCGUCUAUUGAAAGUGCAGCUCCCCAUGGCGAAUGUGACGAGAAUCAUGCGUGGUAUUCUUCCAACGAACGCGAAAAUCAACGAUGGAUCGAAAGAGUCUGUCCAAAAAUUAGGGAGCUACUACAUCAAUCGUAUCACAAAAAAAGCUAAGGAACGUUGCAAUAGGGAGCAACGAAAGACUGUGACAGCUGAGGAUAUUCUUUGGGCCAUGAACAAAAUGGGCCUAACUAACCAUGCUGGGCUUUUAGCCCAAUACCUCAACAGGUAUCGUGAAUAUAAUCAAGUGAGUUGUUUCAACGUACGCAAGCCCAAUUGGGAAUUAACUCUCACGUCACUCGCUGCACCACAUCCAAUUUUGCCUAUUGAACCCAUCCCGGGUUAUCCGUACCCGUAUUUUCCACCAAAUGUGCUGUUUUAUGAUCCUGUUACUGCUGCCUUGGUAACUUCCAGGGACUUUGAGAUGGCGGUGGGGAACGAUGGUAGUCCUUCUGAGUCAUCUUCUUCAACUGUUGCGCCUGCUUAUCCAUUUGGACAGUGGAGGCAGUAG